AUGUCUCGGGCAGCGGCUAUCGCCAGCUCCCUCAUCCGGCAGAAACGGCAGGCGAGGGAGCGGGAGAAGGCGAACGCUUGCCGCGGCACCGGCAGCCCGAGCAACAGCAAAGGCACAAACGAGAAACCGAGCAAACUGAACGUAUUCUCGCGUGUCAAAUUGUUUGGAUCGAGGAAGAAACGGAAGAGAAGGCGACCACCAGAGCCCCAGUUAAAGGGCAUUGUCACCAGGCUCUCCAGUCGCCAGGGCUUCCAGCUGCAGAUGCAGCCUGAUGGCACCAUUGAUGGAACCAAGGAUGAAGACAGCACCUAUGCUGUGUUCAACCUCAUCCCAGUGGGGCUUCGUGUGGUGGCCAUCCAGGGUGUCCAAACCAAACUCUACCUGGCCAUGAACAACGAGGGCUUUCUCUACACCUCGGAACAUUUCACCCCGGAGUGUAAGUUCAAGGAGUCGGUAUUUGAGAACUACUACGUCACCUACUCCUCCAUGCUGUACCGGCAGCAGGCAUCAGGCCGGGCCUGGUACCUGGGACUCAAUAAGGAGGGCGGGGUCAUGAAGGGGAACCACGUCAAAAAGAACAAGGCUGCUGCCCACUUCAUCCCUAAACCCCUAAAAGUGGCCAUGUACAGGGAGCCCUCCCUCCAUGACCUGACGGAGUUCUCGCGGUCAGGCAGCGGGACGCCAACCAAGAGUCGCAGCGCUUCGGCUCUACUGAACGGCGGAGGGAAGACCCCGAGCAACAACGACUCCUCCUAGCCCCCCUCACCCAAACCCCUUAUACAC